AUGAGGUCGACGUUGUUUAUCGUGCUCUUGGCGGUCAUUGCCACGGCCGAUGACUUUCCAAAGACUAGGGUACCAGUCUCUAACUACUUGUCGAGUGCGCUGACAACUGACAUUGUCACUGCUGUAGGUUGGAAAGAAAGAGUGUUUGAAAUCAAAUUUCAGGGCAUCACAAGCAUCUACCAAUCAGUGGCUAACAAAACCACAUUCAAAGUGGCUAUAACUAGUAAGCACUCGGCCAUAAUAUCCAAUGCAUUUAUUCCUGGUAUUUUAUUUUAUUAUUUUGUCGUUUUUCAGACUUCAAGAAUGCGGCAGUAAACAAAGUAAUGUCCCAGUCAAAGUUCAUUGGGCCUGCGCUGACAUUGUCGGGUCACGUUAGCAGCGUCAGCAAUAUCCUUUCCGAAGUAACUACAGGAAUUUCAGUUUGCUUAAAGCCCGCCUUCAAAAACGUAAGUGUAAUCUUUCUUUCACCAUAAGCUCCACUCUCUUCUAGCUGAAGAAGCAGAACGUCAAGACUACCGCCGUUUUCGAUAACAAAUUCUCCAAGGUAUGCCUUCAUUAUUUAAGUGCUGAUUACUUUUUAAUUCUUCAGGUGUUGAGCAAGAAGUUCUUCAAGAAGUGUUACGCCGAUGUGAAGGCUGCAGUUGUAAAGGGCAACCCUUCUGACUGGAAAUACGCGGUCAACGACCUGUACAGUGUUAUUCAAUUCGCUGCGGUGGGGAUUCCGAAACAAUGA